UCAUGAGAACUUUUAGAGGCAUGGAAACGACUCGAAUAAGAAUCUACAAGAGCCGUGUCAGUAAGAAACGCAAAAAGCGCCUUUUGUAAUUAGGCUUAAGAAGGUAUGUAGGUUCUGUGUGUGGGGAUGUCCCUUUCGCUCUACCUCUGCCAAAACAUCUCUGCCGAAUUAACUAACAUCAAGGAGAAUUAAGGUCCAGAGAUGCACCCGCUUCGUUUUCCUAUAUAUAUUUGUGUUAGCGCCUCUUUCGAUUCACAAUCAUCUGGAUUCGUCUGAGUCUACAUCUGGCUGAUCAGCAUCACAGUCAUCUUGAACAGACAGUUUGAAGAAAUCGGGGAGAGAACUUGUUUGAGGGCCCACAGUCAGACGAUUCUCCCCAACGAACUACAUCGAAGCCAACCAUGAACCGACUUCUCCUAGCCUGGGUGUUUCUGGCGGCUGCCACUGCCUCGGUGAGCGCCUGGUGUUCUUCGGGCUACACUCAGCGUCCGGGAGGCAACUGCUACAAGUUGUGGAACACGGAAGACGAAUGGUGGCUGUACGCUGACCAUGUCUGCAGAGCCGAAGGAGCCUGGCUGGCCACUAUCAGAAACGAGGCGGACAGUGUGUGGGUCAACAACUUCUUCAUAACCAAUAGGCGCCACCACUGUGAGGAUUGGUACUGGAUCGGAGCCAAUGAUCUGGUAAGGGAGGGACUCUGGAGAUGGGCGGAGGAUGGUAGCGUACUCAACUAUUUCAACUGGCGGCCUGGUGAGCCAAACAACGUUGGAGGUGAGGAGGACGUUGUGGAGGUCAACAGCAACAAUCGCCAGUGGAACGACAACAAAGUAACCGAUACUGCCCAAUUGUGCUUCGUCUGCGAGAAGAAACCAAUAGGGAGUGGUUACUAGAAGCUUCACAAUAGUUGAUCUUGUAUAACGUCAAAAUAUAAGAAAUACUUAAUAAAAUUUAAAACAAAUUAUGGCCAGUGCUUGCCAUUGGAUGUGAGUGGGAGAAUCCGCUCACCGAAUUUCGUAAAAUGUAUCUGAAAAGAGUUUUCCCAUGAAGAAUGGCUGUAAGGUUGUGCAGUGCUAGACCAUAGAUGUUGUAUCGCGCCCUUUUGCAAAUCCAAGUGUGCUAUUCAUAGCCAUGAUGUCAGACCAUGCCGUUUUAGCUAUAACUCUGUACGUGAGUCAAUUUCGUGAAGAAUUUGUUUCAUCUUUGGAGGAUAAAUUCCGGGGUCCAUAAUUGUCGGUAUGAAUUUUAAAUGAUCCAUAACCGAUUAUCCUUAAUUGUACAAUGUUUCAUAAUAUUCAGGGAGAUCAAUUGCAGUAACUUGGGGGGCUUUUCUUAAGCAAAUUUUAAGACAAGUUUAGGGCCUACAAAUUUCACGUGAUUUGUACAGGUCAAUGAAUGGGAUUUGGGGUUAAAUUCAAGGGUUAUAUUGCAGUACAUGUAAUAGCCUAAUUAUUAAUCCGAGAUUAUCCCGUCUUUAUUGUAUUUUAGUGAACCAGUUUAACCAGUCAGUUCAGAAUAGUUCAUCAGUACAUCAGUUCAUUAAUGUAUCUGUUGUGGAACAAGCUGCCAUUUUGCCUGAGUAGGCAAGAAAACUGUAAUCUAAUGCACAAAUAAGGUCUGUGUGGAGAUCAGAGAGUGAAUAAAACAAGGGAACCAGCAGAAAAAAACUGUGUUCACAGGUUGAGCAGAUUUCUUCUUAUUUAACUGUUUCCAAUAAAAGUUUCAAUGUGACUGAUAACGUACAGGAAAA